AUGGGCAGUGCAGCUUCUCCGACGUUGCGAGUGGCGGUGGCCCAGUAUGAGCCCGAAUGGCUCGACUUGCCAGCCUCAGUCGCCAAAACAUGUGCCAUCAUCACCGAAGCAGCGAAGAAGGGUGCAAAGAUUGUGGGUUUCUCAGAGGCUUUCAUCCCUGGCUACCCAGCGUGGAUCUGGCAUCGGCCCGUCGAUCCAGUCCUGGCGACAAGGUACAUCCAGAACUCUCUGGCCGUGGACUCGGAUGAGAUGCGCACGAUCCAGGACUGUGCGGCAAAGAACGGUAUUGUCGUGGCCCUGGGAUUUUCCGAGAACGACAAUAAUUCCGUCUACAUCGCCCAAGCCAUCAUCGACGCCGACGGCAAGAUGUUGAUGCACCGGCGAAAGUUGAAGCCGACGCACAUGGAGCGCACUAUCUUCGGCGACGCAUCUGGAAACAGUCUGAUGAAUGUGGUGGCCACCAAGGCUGGGAAGCGAGUGGGCAGUUUGGCGUGCUGGGAGCAUUGUCAACCGUUGUUGAAGUAUCACACCGCGACGCAGCGGGAGGACAUCCACGUCGCAGGGUGGCCGCCCCUCAGUCUGCAUGGUGGGCCGGAGCUGUGGUCCUUGUCGAAGGAAGGCUGCCAGAAUCUCUCACAGACAUACGCCAUUGAGACGCAGACUUUCGUUCUCCACGCGACCACCGUGAUUGGCACCAAGGGUAUCGAACUCAUGUCGACCGGCCAGGCCAUGCUCAUGAACAGCCCAGAUGGAGGCUACUCGUGUGUCAUUGGACCCGAUGGUCGGAUUCUUUCAGAGCCCCUCGACUCCAAAUCUGAAGGACUGGUGAUUGCGGACAUCGACCCCAGCAUGUCGAUCAUGGCGCGCAGCUUCCUGGAUAUCUGUGGCCAUUACAGUCGGCCGGAUCUACUGUGGUUGGGGUGCGAUACCCGGGAAAGGAAGCACAAGGUCGACACUCCUCGGCCAGGGGCGGAGGACAAGCUUGUGGGAGAGGAGUGA